AUUCAAAACAAAAUUUAGUAAUCCAUUACACACUCGUACUCUGUAGGUGCCCCUGCGAUAAUUUAAAAUUAAGUUACAUUAUUUUAUAACCAUGAUUUUGUACCUGGCCAAUUUGCUAUUUGACAACAUUAUUUUGAGUUUGAUUAUUGUUUGUACGUUUCUUUAUUAUUAUACGACGUCGACGUAUGAUACAUGGAAGAAAUUAAAUGUGCCGUACGCAAAACCUGUGCCUUUUUUCGGGAAUAUAUUCAAAAUGUUCACAGGCUUAGAGCAUCAAGUGGACGCGUUUGGACGAAUUUAUCAACAAUUUCCCAAUGAUAAAUUUUGUGGGUUUUAUCAAAUGAGUACACCGUUUUUGAUGGUUCGCGAUCCAGAGUUGAUCAAUUCGAUGAUUAUCAAAGACUUCUCGUACUUCACCGACCACGGUAUUGACAUGAAUCCUUCCGUAAAUGUAAUGGCGAGAAGCUUGUUUUUUGCGACCGGACAAAAAUGGAAAAUAAUGAGACAAAAAUUAAGUCCGGGAUUCACGUCUGGUAAGCUCAAAGGUACGCAUGAACAGAUCCAAGAGUGUAGUGACCAGUUGACAAACUGUAUUAAUGAGAAAUCCACAGAAACCGACGGAAUUGAAGUAUAUGAACUUGUCGGAAAUUUAGCCACUGAUGUAAUUGGAACGUGUGCAUUUGGUAUGAAAUUAGAUACAAUUAAUAACGAUAAUUCAAGCUUUAGGCAAAAUGUAAAGAAAGUGUUCAAACCCAGUGGUAAAGUAAUUUUCCUUCAAAUACUUGGAGUGUUAUUUCCAAAAAUCGUUAAGUUCUUAAAACUUCAAACUUCUCCGGUGGACGUAGAUGCCAUUAAUUUUUUCCAUUCCGUGUUUGGUGAAGUCAUCGAUUAUAGGACCAAAAAUGAUGUUGUUAGAAACGAUCUGACACAAACUUUAAUGAAAGCAAGACAGGAUUUAGUAAUAAGCAGUGAUUAUAAAGGAGAAGAAAAGUAUUGUGAAUUAGAUAUAAUUGCAAAUGCAAUGUUGUUGUUUACCGCUGGUUCUGAAACUGUAACUGCCACAGCAUCUUUUUGUUUUUACGAGUUGGCAUUGAACAAAGAUAUUCAAGACAGAUUACGUGACGAGAUAAUUUCAUCGAAAAUAAAAUAUGGUGGACAACUUAACAAUGAAUUUUUGGAAGAUCUUCAUUACGCUGAUAUGGUUUUAGAUGAAACUCAUCGUAAGUAUACCAUAAUUACGGCCUUAUUGAGAGGAGCUACACAAGAUUAUAACGUACCUGGGGAGUCAUUAAUAAUUGAAAAAGGACAAAAAAUUUUAAUACCAAUAUAUAGUAUACAUCAUGAUCCUAAGUAUUAUCCGAAUCCCGAUAUUUUCGAUCCGGAAAGAUUUACUGCUGAAGAAAAAUCUAAACGACCGAACGGAACAUUUUUACCAUUUGGUGAUGGACCUCGUCAUUGUAUAGGAAAACGUUUCGCUGAAUUGGAAUUGAAAAUAAUUCUAUCAAAAAUAUUAUCAAAAUUUGAAAUUUCACCUUGUGAAAAAACGGAAAUACCGCUACAAAUGAAAAAAGAACGUGGGAUAACUUCACCGAAAAAUGGAAUUUGGUUAAAUUUUAGGCCGAUUGUGGAUUGAUUAAUAUACAUAUUAUAAUGUAUACUUAAAUAUAAAAACAAUUGACUUAAAUUUUAAAAAGUAAUUUAAAUAUAUUUUGUAGUUAAUACAAUAAUGAUAUCUACAUUAUAUUUUAUUACUUAA